AUGCAGCCGCAGAGUUCAAUUCAAGAGGCUUCCACGUUUCCACAACUGCAACCAACCGUAUUUUCAAAAGACAGCGAGGUUCCACGCAUCGCGAGCGCUGCCAUGUUACGGUCACUUCUCUCCUUCGGGCGCUCCGAGGCCGAUUAUCUCUUUCCCAAAGUCACACCCGCAGAGGACGGACCAGAUUGCCUCAAAGAUUGCGCAGACUGCACCGUGCAGUUUCCGUCAAAAGUGAAGGUCGAAAAUUCCAUGCCGCUGUAUGGCCACAUCAAAGAUUUUCAUUCUCACGUCCUGGUCGCGACGGGGCGGUCUGACUGGAAGGAGAAGGUGGGACAGGAAAAGGGAAGUCUAAUGGAGGCGUUCGAAGGUUCUUCCGCGAAGUCCACACAUGGUCGCUUCAUGGUGUCAGCGUCCAACAUCCAGCCCCCAGAUUACGAGGGCAAAGAAGUUGAAGCGAACCAGCCAACAACAGUUCUCAUUCUGCCAUCCUUCACUUUCGUGGACUCUGUCUCACAGGCAGACGUUCCCAAUCUAGUUCGCCAGUUUAUUGAUAACCCUUCUGAUGAAAAGAGCGGCACUGGCAUGGUCGCACGGCCGUGCCCGCUAGACUACGUGAUUUUACUCUGCUCUCACAAGCGACGAGAUGCACGAUGCGGUAUGACCGCUCCUCUCAUCAAGCGCGAACUCGAGCGACACCUCCGGCCACUGGGAUUAGAUCGCGAUGCCGACGACUCACGCCCUGGCGGCGCGGGCAUCUUCUUUGUCUCCCACGUGGGCGGACACAAGUUCUCUGCCAAUGUGCUGAUUUACCGGAAAAAAGAUCAACAGAUGAUCUGGUUGGCACGCGUGCGACCUGAGCACUGUGCAGGUAUUGUGAAGUACACAAUCCUCCAGGGGAAAGUGGUACAUCCAGAGACACAAUUGCGGGGUGGAUUUGACCGAGUCAGGGGAUUGACGAGCUGGUGA